AUGAGUCAGAUUCAGGCGUCGUCUCGGGAGCACGAGGAGACCGAGGCCGACAGACACGAUUGUGCGGCGUCCUGUGACCGCUCGGAAGCAACUGACAUCCGCUGCCACUGCAACUUGGCACCGUGCGUGUCCACGGGCUACAUGUGCAAGUCUGAGUUGGGACUCUGCUUCUCGGAGAGCGUCCAGAUGACGUCGUCGGCCUUGAACCCCGCCGCGACGACGGCGCCACGCCACGGCUGCGUCGACCUUCUGGCCGACGUGGCAGACGAGGUCAACUAUGGUUGCAAGGAACCUGACGGCGCAUCGUCGCCGAUUUUGGAGGCUCCUCUGUCUUCAGAAGGUCGGCAGUGCUGCAGCGACGACAUGUGCAACUUCCAGAGGGACUUCCAAGAGCCUGGUGCUUCCGAAUCGCGGACCAGGGGAGGCGGCGAGCAGCACGCUUCCUCCCUGACGCGCCUGGUGUGGUUCCGGGCGGCGGUGAUCGCGGUGCCCAUCGCCGGCGGCUCGGUGCUCGUGCUGCUCGUGCUGCUGGCCGCCCGUCUGCUGCGCAAGGACAGCGAGCUUCCGUCCACGGCCUCCGCCAACUUCCACGAGGCGCUGCACAAGGGCCGACACCGAGGCCUGCUUCGCGCCUGCAUACGCCGCUGUUGCUGCCUCAACGGCGACGGGGCCGCAAACGCCACGGACAAGGGUGCUGUCGUGCUCGUCUAGCGUGCAAUCCCGUGCAGCCGCGCAGCGUCCAAGAAUGUGCGCGCGGUCAGCAGGAGGGCUUCCAGCAUCGCUACCACACCACCGUCUUCACUCGUGUUAUUAAUUUUUUUUAACGCGCUCUUCUUUUCCUUUAUUUAUUCCUACGUUGUGCCUUGCAUACGCUGCUGAAAGACGUUUCCGCCUCGUGGUGCCAAAGAGUGCUAUCAAAAAAAAAAAAAAAAGGAAGAACUGUUGCUUGUUAGCUCGUGCUGUAACCACGCACUGAACUGUCGCCGGCGCCCCUUCGUUAAGUAAGCGGGUGUUCAAGCUUUUAACCUUCACAUUCUUAAGGUAUGUGCGACCGUCGCAAAAAUGCUUAGGAGCUGUUCGCCAAGUUGGUGCUCACAUUGGGGAAGUUCCGCCAAAACAGUAUUGGAAUCCAGAAUUUUCCCAAUGAGUUUAAAAAGCCAAUCUGGAAUUCCAGCGUCGGGAGAAAAGUUGCCGUGAAUUGAAUGGACGUCACCAUUAUGCGAAACUGCGCUUUCUCGGCGCAAUGCCGAACUGGUCUAGAUUGUUUGUUUCCUGCUGCUUCUGCUGCUUCCUGUGAAAAUUAGUCAUGCAUGCUAGCCUGCGGAGUAUCGUGAACAUGGCCUCAGUAUACAUAUUUUUCAAGGGCUCGACGGACAGUUCAGGAAUGCUGCGUGGUGAACAGGCGGGAACCUAGUCAUUGCGUGAGUGAGUUAUUUGCUUCGUGUGUUGUUAUCAGUGUUUUGGUCGUUUUGUUUUUUUUUCUUAUGUCGCCGGGAGAUUGUCCCGCCAUAAUGCAUUUUUGAGGUGUUACAGGCUAUCUGUGACGUUCAGCCAAACAACUCUACAGAAUUUUUUAACGAAUCCUUCGCACAAACUGACGUUAUGCUUAGCGCUGAUUUUGUAAUACUUCGGCUGAAGAUAUUCAGCUACUGCAAACUUUCAUGUCGGACCCUUCGGCCAUGAAGAGGCGAUGCAUUUAGUAGCUCCGAGCGCGGUCCCGGUUUAGUUCAUCAGAGGUGCGGCGUCGUAACAGUUGAAUUUUAUACCUGGUUCGCGUCUUGGCAUUUGAAUUUCCCGACUGUUACGAACAGUCGCUCGCCUUCGGCAGCCUGUAGUACCAAGGAACACCAACUGUGCUUGGGUUUGUAGAUUACGCGCGGUUACACGCGAGCAUUCGAGGAAUCUUACUUCUCCCUUUGCUCGCUCGCACUUACGCUUUCAUGGCUUCCCAUUUAAACGAUGACGCCAGUAUUUUCGCUGGCAAAUGAUGCCUGCCGUGCUUCCACAGAGUACCUAAAUCACUUACAUGUACCGCAUUACCGGUACGCUUGCUAGUACACACUGAAUAGAAGCGUGCCAGAGUAGUUUUUUCAUGAAUAGCAAGCCAUGCCGCCAAUUUGUUAGAGGUCCGUACACGGGCUCUGUUUCAGCAUUGCCUUCGUGCCACUUUGCCUACAACCAUUUAGCAUCCUAGAUAUAUCUGUUUACCAGAGCGUUAUAGCUGCCUCUGAAGUUUCUUGUAUAUUACGUGAGCAAAGGGAAGUAUUACCAUCACCACCACACUUGAAGCCUUGUCCUUUCCGGACUUCGGAACUGCGGUUCCAAUUGCCCUUGAAGUAUGUACGUCCGCUUUCAUGCAGUUUAGAAAGAGUAGUGUCAGCUGACAAUUAGCCAUAGUAUCAAAGGGGCCCCUCUUGUUCAAGAAGUGCCAAGCAGAACCUUUUAGCGGCUGGUGUAGAAUACGGCAUGCUAACACUGUAACCGCUUUUAUUUUAAAAUAAGCCCUUUAUCCAAAGCAAGCUGAAAGGCUUUCUAGCCUAAGAGGCGCCUUUUAGUCCGUCCUGUCGUUCACUGUGUAAAAGAAUUAAAAAUCGUUAGGCUGUGUAUCAACCACGUGAAAGCUAGUCAACAGGUGCCUUCAGAUCACGUGGAUUCCGAGAAGUCGAACUAAAGGAUUGCAUAAAUUUUCCUUGCGCACGAUGGUAGCCGUUACAUGGGUUGCGAAAUAAUUGAACGGCAGCCACGUUAAUUAGGUGUUUGCCCGUGUUCAUGCAUGGUAGCUCAGACUGGGGCGCGCACGCAAGGUGCAUGUUGCCGAAGUGCAGAAAAAAAAAAGAUUUACCGGCACCGUUCACGUGAAUGCUGACGAGCCGGUUCGCAGCCAGCAACAAAUAAGACGCGUAACGCGUUCAUGUAAGCGACGUCGGAUCGGUCAGCCUCAGCCCAACCUCUAGCUCGAUCAGUUCGCGUCCGGUUAAUGUAAACGAAGACGUAAACAUUCCAGUAUCGUCCCCCCUUUUUUUUUCCGAUAAAAGUACGAACCUUGAGCGAUUAGGCAUACAUUCUCCUAAUAACUGGCUAACGUCAAACAGAGUGAAAAGAAACGAGAGGUAAAGAUCCCAUUUGUGUUUGUGCCUCUCUCUCUCGGAGGGAUGCUUAAUCGCCAGACUAUAUCAUACCUAGAUUACGCCAAUCAUGCCGACUGCACCGCGCCGUCCCAUCGACAACGAAUGCUGCCAAUAGGCUGCCUCGUGAAAGCUUCCCCUACGUAACUUACACGCACAAUGCAAAGAUCGCUUAAUAGCGCUAAGUAGUGCGACAAUCACGGCAGCGCCGCACAUUGCACAUUUGCCUAUAGCCUUACUAUAUAUAGCGUCGCUUCUGGAGGGCGGCUGCGCACGUUUUAUGCAAGCACACUCAUUUUUUUAUACACACCAGCCUCUCUCUGUCGCAUCAAAGCCGAGCACGUAGCAAGUAGAAGUAUAUAUAAAGUUUCGGGUGGCCCUCCAUGCGAGUGUAAUAUAUACGAUAUAUAUAUAUAUAACGCACGGGUGCGCGCGCGCUUCAAGCUCAACCGUCUCUUACCUGAUUGCUUCCUGCCUUACAGUAAAGAGCAAUGGCCGAGUAGCUGUAGUCGGGAACGUAGGAGCGGAGUGCACCGCAGCCCGUGGUCACGUUGACCUCCGGAAUGGGGCAAGUCCUUGCACCGACAACCCACUCACACAUGCAGUGCCCUUGGCGGCAAUAUUAGAAAAGCAGCGUCGAAACCACAUUGUUGCGGAUGGGCAGUUUGCGCGGGACCGGAUCAGCCGCCUGGUCGUGCGGUAAGAAUCUCGCGACACGCUUUGCAUCUCGAAGAUUUAGCGAAUGAGGAAUGAUGUCUGCGUUAUUGUUUAUCGUGUCUAUUAGAGUACUGGAAGCGUCGUACGAGCACCACCGCACCGCCAGACUACUGGUCCCGUCGAGCGAAUACUUUUGACCGAGGACAUACAGUCGAUGCGGAACGUUUAAUUGGGCGAAGUUUUGGCUUCUCAGUUCGUAUAGCGCGACGUAAUUCAUGCGAAUUUCAAAACUGUCCUUACAAAGACCGUCUCCAGCCCCAUCUGCGCCAGCGUGACUUGCUCCCAUGACGCACAGUGUGAUUCGGAAUGCAAGUCGCGUCUGACUUCGCUGACAAAACGCACUAACCGCUGCUGCAAACGUUCACGCACGUCGCAUGAACUAGAACAUUCAGUGAGGAACGUUACAUGCAAGUGUGCAGCUAGACUUUGAUACUGUGUGCCAAAAUACGAAAUAGUUGCUCUGUUCAACUAAUGUUGAUACGAUCGCCAUGUUUUUGGACAGCCCUUAGCAUACUAGUCGAAAGCCCAACACUACCGCAAUUCUUAAAAGUAUGGCAUUAAAAUUGGAACAGCUUGGAGAACAGUUUUCGCAGUCUGAAAGUCUCAUGAUUUCUGGUUGAGCUCUUCAUCACGUUCACUUUGGUUACACCUCAUGCUCCCGUAAGGUCUUCGAAGGUGUAGGCAGUAAUGUAUACUGUCUACUUAUAAAUAGAUUGGACAACGGUUAUCGAAUGAUGUAUUGUCUGUGUGGAAAGCACUUGCAAUACUUGUCGUUGCUACAGCCGGUGAGCUGCCAUGUUUCUUUCGAAGUCAGGAGGCAUCUUCUCGAAUCUUAUUGCGUGCUUUGUCGCCAUAGGGUAAUCAGUAACGGAACGAAAGGUUGCAGCAUGCCUUGGUAAGCGCGAUGGUGGCAUGCGCUUUCGCGUUAACGGUCAAACGAGUGCAAUUAGACGGAUAGCCAAAACAGGCCGGGCCGAUGGAAACGAUACCAACGUGCAGGUCCUCGUUACCCGGGCCAAGAAAAGAGGCCGCAUGUCGCUGCCACCGGGGAUGAUGACGGCGCAGCUGUUCGUUUCACGCGGGGCGCGCAACGCCGCUGAAAGUGUUCCUUGAUCCGCGCGGCCGCGCUAAACAUAGACCCAGAGAUGGCGCAAUCGGCGGGGCUCUACCCGAGGCGUCACGCCCGGAAAGCAAAUGCACACUAAUGGAACGCAAAGCGCUUCCGGAUGACCAGACCGUUGGGACGUAGUUUGCAUGUUGACAUCACGCGCCUGUGUGUCUCCACGCUGUUGGAGAGAAACGAUGCCGGCGCACAACGUCGUUAUUUGCGGCUUCGUAUAACGCCGGAGCGGUGGCUGAAUAUGCAUAUUUACUUGCAUGGUGUGUGAUGACUGGCAUUAUACCCUAGAUUGUUUCUGAAUGUCCGCUGAGCUCGCAGCACGUGCAUAAUAGUUUGCCGUUCGGUAAUGCACGGGCGGAACGGGGACUGCCACCAACAUUUCCGUGUGUAGAGUGUGGUGUUGAGGUGUUCCAUACACGUGGCCGUGAAUUCGACCAUUUCGCGCUUUCUCAAGUGUUGAAUGUUUGCUCGAAAACAAUGCAUGAUUAUUGUGAUGUUUUCAACGAGCAACCACAAGGGGUCUAAGUAGGUUGGCUGCGACUGCGGCCUUCUUCCAGAUGUGUUACAAAAGUGUAAAAGCCAAAGUAGCCUAGCGUCAAGAUAGAGGCGAAACACGCCCCUCUUUUACGGGCGCGAUCCCACCCUACCAUACGGCAUUGCGAUUUGUCCCGCCUCGAGUCAUCGUCCUUUGCCGACAUAUGUGACAAUUUAAUUGGCAUUAGUCAUGUAGGAGUCUUCCUGCAUGCCCAUGUCAGCAUGUCUUGGAAAGAAUUUCGAUGGUUCGAUUUCAGACAAGGAGAAAGCCUCAGCGCCACUCUUACACGCGGAGAUUAACGAUCCGCUUUCUUUAACAGAAUGCCAGCUGCACAGUGCAAGAGUCAGAGAAAGGCGAAAAGAUGGGCGAAGACGAGCGUUUCGUCCUUGUUGUUCUUGUCUUUGUUAUAGUAUCAGGUAUCACCGACUAGCUCCGGUUGCUCCAACCUUGUCGUUCGAAUAGGGAUCGCGCACUGCGUCAGAAAUAAAUCCUACUUGCGUGCGCACGUGCAAACGACGUUGCUUCAAUUAUGUGUCGCCCAGCCGCCAACGCGACCGUUUCGCACCCCGAACUUACGCCAGAACUUAACAGCGAACAUAGGGAAUAAGCUCCGAAGCCGAACCAGAUUUUUUUAAAAAUUGCUUCCCACCAUGGAGAAAUCAAAAACACUUGUCAGUCUGUACUCUGUGAAACAUUAGUGCCACGUGUAUAUCAAUGGUUUAACCAUUGGCGGCAUGCAUUAGUUUAGGUGCCCACCCACAGGUGACGCGACGGUCCGUAAAUCUAUGUUUUAGGCAAAACAGUGCCAAUUCUCAAAACACGGGGCCAAUCGGAAGUUUUGCUACUUUAGUUCUCUGCGCAUGUGAAAAACUGAGAGCCUCCAAAGCCAGUGUGGAGAAAGGAUGUCGUGCGCAUGGACGCCCGAGAAAAGAAAAAAAAAAAAAUACGCCAAAGCUGUCCACGUACCUGCCACAGCCACCGUUACAUUAUGCAUCCUGUAUACGUGCCAUGCCCGGCGCCCGCAGGCUUCUUGCCCGCAGACAGAAAAAAAAAAAAAAAAGAAAACAGCCCGCGCCGGGCGCCACCGCGUGUCUUGUGCCAUAGAGUCGACAUUUUUGUACAUAUUUUUCUUAUUGUGCUGUACAGUUUUCUAUGCUUGACUUCGCGGAGCGAAGGCCCCGUGUCUAAGGCGCGACUGCUCUUUCGCUUUCGGCCUGGGAGACCGAAUAAAAAAAAUUAAAAAAAGAUAAAUAAAUAAAAUGCGCAGUGUCAGUGCCAAUGCCGAACUGCGCACCGACUCCGCCCAUUCCCUUGUGCGUGGUGCCGGUGCGGAGUGCCAUUUCUGUUUUGUGCCAGCGCGAUUUGUUCCCUUUUUUAAGACACACUGUUGUAUAUAUGAAUUAUUAUAUAUUAUUACUAUAUUUAAGAAAAAGCCACGCUGGCAAACUGAUGUAUGAUGCAAGAGAAUAAAAAAACUGAUCGCUGAAGCAAA